CGCCUGGGCAGGCUAUAGCGGUGUGCUUGGUUGGGGUGCAGAGCAGUUGAGAAGAGCUCACAGCGUGGCCAGAUGCUGCUGCUCCGGUCUCUGCGGCUCACCAUGUCCCUCAGCCUCUUCCGGCGCCUCCUCCUGGCAGUCCUGCUACUGGUGACCAUCUGGACCCUCUUUGGGCCCUCCGGCUUCGGGGAGGAGCUGCUGAGCCUAUCCCUGGCGUCCCUGCUGCCAGCCCCAGCCUCACCGGGGCCGCCCCUGGCCCUGCCCCGCCUCUUGAUUUCCAACCCCCAGGCCUGCGGUGGCCCCGGACCCCCUCCCUUCCUGCUCAUCCUGGUGUGUACGGCCCCGGAGCACCUGAACCAGAGGAACGCCAUUCGGGGGUCUUGGGGCGCCAUCCGCGAGGCCCGGGGUUUCAGGGUGCAGACGCUCUUCCUCCUGGGAGAGCCUCUCGGGCAGCACCUCCCCGACCUAGCCUCGGAGUCGGCAGCGCAGGAGGACAUCGUGCAGGCCUCCUUUCAGGAUUCCUACCGCAACCUCACCCUCAAGACCCUCAGCGGGCUGAACUGGGUGAAUAAAUAUUGUCCUAUGGCCCGCUACGUUCUCAAGACGGACGACGACGUGUAUGUCAAUGUCCCAGAGCUGGUGUCAGAGCUGAUCCAGAGAGGGGGCCCUUCAGAGCGAUGGCAGAAGGGCAGGGAGCCACAGGAAGAGCCCACAGCUGUCCACCAGGAGCACAGAGGCCAGACAGUCCCGCUUCUGUAUCUAGGCCGACUGCACUGGAGGGUGAACCCCAUCCGGACACCAGGCUCCCGGCACCAUGUGUCAGAAGAGCUGUGGCCUGAAACCUGGGGUCCUUUCCCACCUUACGCCUCGGGCACAGGGUACGUGCUGUCCGCCUCGGCUGUGCAGCUCAUUCUGAGGGUGGCCAGCCAGGCGCCGCGUCUACCUCUAGAGGACGUCUUUGUGGGAGUGAGUGCAAGGCGAGGAGGCCUUGCCCCCACACACUGCGUCAAGCUGGCUGGCGCCACCCACUACCCCCUGGACAGGUGCUGUUACGGGAAAUUCCUGAUAACAUCCCACAAGGUGGAUCCCUGGAAAAUGCAGGAAGCCUGGAGGCUGGUGAGCGGACUGGAUGGGCAAAGGACUGAGCCCUUGUGCUCCUGGCUCCAGGGACUCCUGGGUAUCUUGAGGUGCCGGUUCAUAGCCUGGCUCAGCAGCAGCUGAGAGCCAGGGGCCACAGAAGAGCAUCUCAGGGACCUGUGCCCCACAGUCAGUGUGCACAGACUGCAGCUCCUCCCUGUGGUGAUCCCUCCUCACAGCAGACUCUAACGCCACCCCAGGCAAGGAGAGAGAGGAGACUUGGGGCCUGACAGCUCCCGACAGUCAGUCACCCUCACCCGGGAGGGAUAAACGCAGGAGGGUACCGGGAGACUGCUGUUCUCACCAGCUGGGACAAGAGCAAUAAACUCGUCUCUUCACCCCACGUGCAGGCUGUCACCUGUCUUCACCACGACCCCAGCACACCCGGAGAGCCUGGGGGCUCCAAUGCAGCUGCAUGCAAGUCCAUCUUGGACAGCCACUCGGGAUAAGGCUGAGGCAACCACAGGUGUGGAGUAGGAGAGAGGCAGGACAAUGAGCUGAGUCUAGAGUAGCCCCACGAGGGGAAAACAUCUACAGGACGAUCCAAACACUCCCCCAACCUUGUUUAUACCCACCCAGCCAGCUAGCCAAGGUGAGACACACAGCACACAGGAUGAGUUCCUACAGAUCUUUUUGAUUUGUUUUAUUUACAAAUUUGAUUUGUGUGUGUAGAGUGCAUGUGACUCGUGUGUGUGUGUGUGUGUGUGUGUGUGUGUGUGUGUGUGUGUGUGUGUGUUGGCCCAUAUGUACACAGAAAGUCAAAAGACAACUUGUGGGAGUGGUUCUUUCAUUCCACCAUGUGUCUUCUGGGAAUUAACCUCAGGUUUGGCAUCAAGCUCCUCUGCCCACUGAGCCAUCUGGCCCCAUGGAUCAUCUCGGGAAUGCUGUCUCGGGCUCAUCGUACAAAUCUAUCCAGUGCAGAUGGGCGGGCUCCAGAAGGCUUGGCCGUCUCUUGUUUCUGUUGCUGCUGCUGCUCAAGGCUCUGGCGGACUUUGUCCUGGAGAUAAGAAACGGGGCCCAGGACAGAGUGAGCAGAGGCUGGUGAGAAGGCUCAAGGCUGGCUACCCCACGUCUGCAUACCCUGUGCUCCUGGUCCAUGACCUUCUUCUUCCUCUUCACCAGGCUCGCUGUGGAGCCCCGGCCCUUCUGCUUCGCCUUGGGUUGGAAGGCAGCCUUGGCAUCGGGGUCAUAGCCCUGAAAGGGACCAAGUGAAACCAGGAGCGGCCCAGGGAGCGGGCAGUUCCCCCUGCUGAGCUGACUUCCAAAGGGGGCCCUGCCUCAACGCCGCCAUGUGCCAUCCUUUGGUCAGGCCCAUGGGAGGCCUGCCUGCUGAAUGGGGACGGAGGGGAGGGGAGGGCGGAGACUGCAGUCGGUAUGUAAAAUAAAUGAAAAAAGUGUUAAA